CAUCCGUGGCAAGGCGUACGGGCGGGGGUUCAAAUUUUCGAGUUCCCAAUUUCAAAAUCCCAACGCGCUCUCUUUCCACUACUCCCACAGUGGAGGGGAAGGGAAGAGGGAGAGUGAGAAUGGAGGAGUUGCAGACGAGCACUCCUCGCGCUUCUGUGAGGAGAAACCCUCCCCGCAAAGCCAAGCGACUAACUGGAACCCCUUCCUUGCUUCAUUCUAUCAGAGAAGAAGUGCAUAGAUCUCCAUGUAAGGAUCUUCAAACCUAUGCAAUCAACCUCAAACCUUCAGAGAAAAAUGCCUUAAUAAUAUCUGAAGACGCGCUUUCAAAUAUAGGCACUGGAGCUCCUGGCAUAUCUUCAUUGAAGGACCUUCAAUGCCCUCCAUUACAGGACCUGCAAACCUCUGAAAAUGAGGUUGCGGAGACAGGAAGCCUCAGGGUCUUUCUCAGAAUCCGUCCUCCAAAAGGGGCUAGGGUAAAAUGCGGGGCACCUUCAAAAACUAGAGGCAAAGGUGCGCGUCAUGUGAGUUAUGAAGAGAAACGUCCAUGUUUGGUUGCAAAUGAUGCGCAUUCUGUUACCCUAACUACUCCUGCUUCUCUGCAAGAGAUGAAGAGAAGCAAGACUGAGGUCUACAAUGGCUUUGCCUAUGUAUUUUCUCCUCAAUCGUUGCAGAUGGAGGUGUAUGAGAAGGUGAUGCGCCCCCUUGUGAUGAAUUUUCUUGGAGGAAAAUCCCGUUUGCUGGUUGCCAUGGGGCCCACCGGAUCUGGUAAAACGCACACGGUUUUUGGGACUCCAAUGAAACCUGGUCUGGUGCCUCUUGCUCUUCAUCACCUAUUUGAAUGUGAUGAAAACUCUCCCUUUAAGCAAUCCAGGUGUUUUUACAUGUCAAUGUUCGAGAUAUGCUCUGAACGUGGAAGAGGAGAGAGGAUAUUUGAUUUGGCUCAAGAUGGAAGAGAAGUGUUCUUUCAGCAAUCGAUUAUCAAAGGUCUUCAAGAGGUGGUUGUUUCUAGUGUUGCUGAAGCAGAAUCUUUUCUUUCACAUGGAAUAUCCAAACGUACUACUGCAGUGACAAAUGCAAAUAGCCAGUCAAGCCGUUCACAUUGCAUCAUUAAAAUUCGUGGCAUUCCUGUAGAGACAUUUGAUCGGAAACAUGAGAUGCAGAAUGUUGCUGUCCUAAAUAUUAUUGAUCUUGCUGGAGCUGAAAGAGAGAAGAAAACAGGGAAUCAGGGAGCAAGAUUAUUAGAAAGCAACUUCAUUAACAACACCUCUAUGGUUUUUGGCCUUUGCUUAAGAGCCCUGCUAGAGCAUCAGAAGUUCCCCAAAAGACCAUUUCAAAAGCACUUCCAGAAUUCUUUGCUAACCAGAUAUAUUAGAGAUUAUUUGGAAGCCAAGAAAAGAAUGGACUUGAUUUUAACAGUGAGCACUGGGGAGGAUGAUCAUGUUGAUACAUCUUUUGUGCUGAGGCAGGCUUCUCCUUAUGCGAAUAUCAAAUACAACAAUUCUGAAGAUGGACUCAAUUUAUCUUGCCAGAAGAGGCACAUUGGGGUAUUGACAAAGCUGGAGCUUCCUAAGCGAAGGAAGGGCAAUAAGAUUGAGGCUUCUAUGAAUUGUGAAAAUCAUGCCAAAGUUGGAGAUGGAGUCGCUGGGGAAGCUUCUCUUACCCAGAAGAAGCCCCGAGGUGUUGAUGAAUGUACUGACCUACCUGAUAGAGUGAUGCAACAUGAGAAUUCACCGUCAAAUGCUGGUUGUGUCCUUGAGUUAAAAAGGAGAGAAAAGGAUUAUCAAGUUCUGCAGGCAUUCUCAAAGGCCUUAUGGAAUGUUUUGAAAGAAUACAAGGAAAAGCUUGUGGUCUCUGAAAAUGUAAUCCAGUCUCUCAAUGAAUGCCUCAAAAAAGAAAAGAUUCAUUGUCAUGAACUGGACAAAGAUUUGAAAGAUUUAAAGGAUAGCUGUUCUUGUGGGAAACUAUCUUCGACAAAUAUUUUUCCUGACAUCGUUCAUAUGGAUUCUGAUGCAUAUAAAGUUGCAUGCUCAUCACACUUGUUGAGAAUCUCUGAGACUGUAGGUGUUGAAAGUUUGAUGAUCGAAGAUACUGUAGAACAACAAAAUCAGUUCCAGUUCGCGAAUACUGAGAGAGUUGACAAUUCUUGUCGGAUGGCAUAUGACAUUGAAAGACAUCAGAUUGCAGAAAAAUGUCAAGAAGUGGAGGAUCCAGCAUGUCAGAAACUUGGGACCUUGUUUGACCCAAAGUAUAAGACAGAAGAACUGGAAUACAAUGUAACAGAUGAGAUCUUAGAGGCAGGUCCAUUACAUUGUCAGCCAUUGGAUUUCACAGCUCAAAUGUGUAGUCUUGAGCUUGUUCCUUCUAUGUUAUCAACUUCUUCGUGGAUAGCGGAAGACAUUGUAGUUCAGGAGUCGUCAAAGUUGAUGACCUCUGAUACAAUUGCUGAUGCCGGUGCUAUGAUUCAUGGCAUUGAGAAACAAGUCAAUAAGACAAAGAAAGAAUGUCCAGACGUUGUGCAUCUAGCCUGUCAAAAACCUGUGACCUUUCUUGAAGCAGAACAAUGUAAUUUGGAAGAACUAGAAUAUAAGGGGGCAUCUAAGAUCCUACACAAUAAAGAUUUAUCAGAGGUGGAUUAUUUGCAUUCUCAAUCAUUGGAGUACCCCACUCAGUCGUGUAAGGUGCAGGAAGUUGCUGGUCGAUUAUUGACCUCCUCCCUGAUAGUGGAGGACACUUCAGUGUUGGAGGAGUCAAAGGACCAUGUCUCAAGUUCAUAUGCCACCACUGACAAAAAAAACAAAAUUGGCAAAAUGCGAGCAGUGAAUGACAACUGUACAAAAUCAGUAGAGAAUUCCACGUCUGGAAAGGAGUGUUUUCAUGCAGUCUCCAGAGUGCCAACCAUUCCAGAAGGAACAUAUUAUGCUAGGAGGGAAGGGGGAGAUGCAAAGGCUGACUCCUCCAAGCCUUUACAAUCGAAGUGGACUGGAAGGAGACUGUUGCCAUCAUCCUCUGUUUUUAGGGAUUUGGAUUGCUUGGAUAUGGAGGACGAGGUCCCAAAGGUGAAGAAGCAUGGUAAUAAUAAAGUAAGGGCAGAUGAAAGGCUAGGGACCCAGGGAAGGGCAGCACUUGUGAGAAUGCUGAGAGGCAACCGUCCAAUAUGAUUGUUCUUGUUAAGUUACACCGCUUGUAACAGUGUUUAUAAAAUGCCAAGGGAGUAUCCACAAGGGCACUGUCAGAGUUCUUGUAAGGUCCCCGUAAUUUCCUUUUAUUUUGGAAAAAUCAUGGAUCUCAAUAGAAUCACAGACAUUUUAAAACAGCUACGUCGACCUCUUUUUCUA